AUGAGCAAGCAGAGGACUUCGUCGAGAGACGUCGGCAUACGUUACCCUCUCUCAGCCCCUGUGAAUUGGCCCGAAGACGUCUCCUACCUCGCCGAGGCUUGCUCGCCGUCUCCCAACCUCUCUCCUGAGCACAAACGCAUCUUCUGCUCUCCGCUGCCCGCCGACUCACCCUUCCACCCCGCCUUGCUACGCUCGCAAGACUGGACCGUCAUCAAGCCCAUCACUUCUCCCGCACAUCCGGCGUACGGCCAAAGUGGUCUGUUUGCCAAGAAAGCCAUCCCGCCGCGAACGAUACUGCUGCUGUACUUCGGGCAAGUUCACACAGAGGAGGAGAGCGACGAGAGCAGCGACUAUGACCUCGGCGUUUGGGCCCCUUCGACUGGACCAUCAGGGGGCGAUGGGAUGAGAUUGGGCAUUGAUGCUACGAAGAUGGGGAACGAGGCACGAUUCGUCAAUGACUACCGAGGCGUGGCACAAAGGGCCAAUGUCGAAUUUCAGGAGUACGAAAUCCCUGCUGCAGCUGUAGACUCAUUGUCGGAUAGGGACGACGUCCCGGCUCUUCCACUCCGGGGUCUGUACUUUCAGAGCGGCUCGAGAGAGAUCAAGCCCGGUGAGGAGCUGCUCACGAGCUAUGGAAAAGGCUUUUGGGCUGCGAGAAAGCCUGCCGAGGUGGAAGAAGAUGAGAAGGCACUCACAGAAGGGCAAGCUGGUACAAUAAGUAGGCAGAGUCAAGCCGCUCCAGUCAGCCACGUCGAAGCUAUGCUCGCUCGUCAGAGAGCUCGAUUGCAAGGCAUGAAGAGCGCGAGAUAG